AUGCGGAAUAUGUCUUCAACAAUUCCAAAAGGUGUUGGAGCACCACCAGUUCCUGGUUUAGAUCCUAAAAAAGGAAAAUUAAUGUGUAUAAAAGUUAGGAUGCUCGAUGAUACAGUUGCAGUUUUUCAUUUAGGACAUAAAGCUGAUGGCCAAGCAUUAUUUGAUGAAGUUUGUCGUCAUCUAAAUUUAAUAGAAAAUGAUUAUUUUGGAUUAGAAUUUAUAGAUUGUUAUGGAAAUAGAUGUUGGUUAGAUAAAGAUAAAUCUAUUUUGCGCCAAAUUACAGCUACCCAUUCAGAUGCAAGAUUUUAUUUUAUUGUUAAAUUUUACCCACCAAAUUCUACUGAUAUUGAGGAAGAGUAUACAAAAUAUUUAAUAAGUUUACAAUUAAGAAGAGAUUUAGGUAGAGGUGAAUUAUUAUGUAAUGAAAAUACAGCUGCCCUCCUGAUAUCAUAUUUUGUACAGGCAGAUUGUGGUGAUUACUCAGCAGAAGACUAUCCUGAUCAUACCUAUUUAUCUGCUAUAUCAUUUAUACCAAAACAAACACCAGGAUUUCAAAUUAAAGUUAUGGAAAAUCAUAAAAAAUUAAUUGGAAUGUCACCUGCUGAGUGUGAUUUAUUAAUUUUUGAAACAGCCAGAAAAUGUGAAUUUUUUGGUGUUAAAUUACAUCCAUGUCGUGAUAUAGAAGGAACAUCAGUUUCAUUGUCAGUAGCUCAUGUUGGAGUUAAAGUUUACCAUCAAAUACAAUGUAUCUCAACAUUUUCAUGGGCAAAGAUAAGAAAACUAAGUUUUAAAAGAAAAAAACUUUUAAUAAAGUUACAUCCAGAAAAUUAUCAAUUUUAUAAGGAAACAAUUGAAUUUUAUUUUGAAACAAGAAAUGAAUGUAAAACUUUUUGGAAAAAAUGUGUAGAACAUCAUGCAUUUUUUAGGUGUUCUGAAAUUAUUGAACCUAAAAAAGAUAAUACAAAAUUAUUUAGUAGAGGAUCUAGUUUUAGGUAUCAUGGAAGAACACAAAAACAAUUAAUUGAUUAUGUAAGGGAACAUAGAAAAAGAAGAGAACCUUUUUCAAGAGCUAUUUGUUCAGGUCAUAUAACAGUUAAUAGAGAUAUAACUAAUAGUUAUCCAUCAACUUUAAAUAAUAAUCAAAAUAGUGGUAUUGAGGAUGAGUAUGUGCCAAAAAUAACAAUGAGAAAUAAGCAAAAUGAAAAUUUACCUUUGUGUGAAAGUAAAUCUGCAAGUACAAUUGAACAAGUACCUUAUCAAACAAAUUCAUAUAGUAAUAGAAGUUAUUAUAUUAAUACAUCUAAAAAUAGUGAUAUGAAAACAAAAUCUAUUGAUUAUGAAAGUAGUGAUAUAGAAAUACCUAAUGCUAUGUAUUCAAAAGUUUAUUCAUCUAUAAAUAAAAAUACUAAUGAAAAUAAAAAUGAUGAAAAUUUAAAUCAAUUAUAUGCUACAGUACUUCCACAUGAUACAACUGAUUAUUUAGAUAAUAUAUCUUUAUCUAUGCCUAAUGUUACAAAUAAUAAUAAAUCAUCUAUUGAAAUUGAUCUCGAAACAGAAGGUAAAAGAAUACCAUUUAAAUCUGCCUCAGGGGAAAAUUUUAUUGAUUAUGAAAUUCGAACCAAAAAAAAUAUUAUAAAAGAUUUUGAUUAUGAUUCAGAGGGAUCUUAUAAACUUUGUGAUGAUGCUUCAAGUGCAUCAGAUAUUUUAUCAUCUGUUACUGCCCCAACUGAUAAUAGAGCAUUAAAUACAGUAUUUACUACAAAACGUAUAGGAGAAGUUAUUGUAAAAACUGUUGUUAAACAAAAAGACAAUGAUAAUGAUAAAAAUCAAAAUAAUAAAAAAACAAAAUAUAAAAAAAAUGAAGAAAAUUCAAGCAAUGUAUCAUCAAAAGUUGUCCAUAUUUCAUCAAAACAAUUAUUUCCUAAUUCUAUUCCAGUACCAAUUGAUGGUCCAUUUGUAACCCAAGAUAAUAUACCAGAUAUAGAUAAAGAGGAAAAUAAUUUAAAAAAUGAUUUUAAUAUUAAUAAAAAAAAUAAUAUUCCUGAAUCAUCAACAACAUUUAAACCUAUAAUAUCACAACAAAACAUUCCUAUAAAAGUACAAAGACCAAAAAUUAUUGAUAAUGAAAAAAAUGAAGAUAAAUGUUUGGUAAAAAAUUCUGGUAAUAUUAAUAAUACAAAAAACAAUGAUAAACCUAUUGUUUUUCCUAAACCAUCUGUAUCAAUACCUAAUACACCUAAAGAUUAUUCAUAUUACAUUAAACCUACCACAACAACAGCUUCAUCAAUAUCAUCAACAAUUGAAUCAACAUCAGGACCAUUACCUGGUAAAGUUAUACAUAAAUCAAAUAUUGUAAUAACAGCAAAAACCCCAGUAACAGAUGUGUCUCUUUCAACUGAGGAAGAAAGUAAUGAGGAAGAAAAAAAGUUACUUAAACCAAAACCAAUUGUUCCACCAAAACCUAAAAAUUUAGGUAAUUCAAAUGAUAUUUCUAAAAUUGUAGAUAAAAUAGUAUCAACUAGUGAAACAAUAACUAAUAUUGAUAAACCAACAAUGAUAUCAAUUGAAAGUGUAGAUCAACCAGAUAUAAAAAAAAUUCAUCUAUUAGAAGGUGAAAUACCAUAUACAUUAACAGUUCGCCAUAUUAAUACAUCAGGAGGAAAAAAAACUACCACAUCAACAGGCCCAAUAAUUGAUAAUACAUCAUUUCCAUCACCACCAUCAGAAUUACAGAUGUCAUCUAUAAAACAGUUAGUCAAAGAACAAUUUUCUAAUGGUAUGUAUGCUUCAAGAAGAAAAAGUUUAGAAUUUGUUCAAAGAAAAAGAUUACCAUCACAAGAUAGUUUUAGUAGUCAAGAUCAUUCCAUAAGCCCUACAACACCUGAUACAGGAAAUAUACUUGAGUAUAUUAAUAAAAAACGUAGUGCAAGUCAUGAAAGAGGAAGUAUUAUAAAAAAAACAUAUGUAAAUGAAACAAAAACAAAAGUACCUGUUGAUACCUCAUGCCUAGAUGAAUUUUUAAAUCUUUCACCUCUAGAAUCACAAAAAGAAAUAAAAACUGAAAUACAAAAAAGCCAUAUAUCUAAUGAAUCCCCAAAAGAACCGAUGACAAAAAAUAAAUCACCACCUUUUAUUGAUGAGACAGCAUCUGAAAAUUCAGAUAAAGAAAAAAGUCCAAACAACAUUGAAAGUAUAAAAACAAGAGUUAAUGAAAACGGUGUCUUAGAAACAGAUUUUUAA